GCCAGCUCUGGAGGGACCGUGGAUGAUGGGGCCUGCGGCUGCCUGCCCAAUCCGGGCACGUUCGAGGAGUGCCACCGGAAGUGCAAGGAGCUGUUUCCUAUUCAGAUGGAAGGUGUCAAGCUCACAGUCAACAAAGGGUUGAGUAAUCAUUUCCAGGUGAACCACACAGUAGCCCUCAGCACAAUCGGGGAGUCCAACUACCACUUCGGGGUCACGUAUGUGGGGACAAAGCAGCUGAGUCCCACAGAGGCAUUCCCCGUGCUGGUGGGUGACAUGGACAAUAGUGGCAGCCUCAACGCUCAGGUCAUUCACCAGCUGGGCCCUGGCCUCAGAUCGAAGAUGGCCAUUCAGACCCAGCAGUCGAAGUUUGUGAACUGGCAGGUAGACGGGGAAUACCGGGGUUCCGACUUCACGGCAGCCGUCACCCUGGGGAACCCAGACGUCCUGGUGGGUUCAGGAAUCCUCGUGGCCCACUACCUCCAGAGCAUCACGCCAUGUCUGGCCCUGGGCGGAGAGCUGGUCUACCACCGGCGGCCCGGGGAGGAGGGCACUGUUAUGUCACUAGCUGGGAAAUAUACAUUGAACAACUGGGUGGCAACAGUAACGUUGGGUCAGGCGGGCAUGCACGCCACGUACUACCACAAAGCCAGCGACCAGCUACAGGUGGGUGUGGAGUUCGAAGCCAGCACAAGGAUGCAGGACACAAGUGUCUCCUUCGGGUACCAGUUGGACCUGCCCAAGGCCAACCUCCUCUUCAAAGGCUCCGUGGACAGCAACUGGAUCGUGGGUGCCACGCUGGAGAAGAAGCUCCCACCCCUGCCCCUGACAUUGGCCCUCGGGGCCUUCCUGAAUCACCGAAAGAACAAGUUCCAGUGCGGCUUCGGCCUCACCAUUGGCUGAGCCCCUCCUGGCCCCCGCCUUCCACGCCCUUUCUCCUUCAGAUCCCACCUCCCCCUCCCCCUGCCAUGGAGGGGAGACCUGAGUUCCCCUCCCCCUCCCUUCCCUCCCUCCUCGGGGGUCAGGGGGACAGCGGAAAGGAGGGGACCCAUCACCCCAGCAGCUAAGGGGGGAUUCUGGAACCACGGGCGCUUCAGGGUUCAGAGUACCAGGGGCAGCAUGCCCCGCAGGCCUGGAGGUCCAGGAAGGGAUUCUGGAAUCGAGGGGCACACGGGAUUCUGAGCACCAUGGGGCAGAGGCAGCCAGACAACCUCAGGGAGGUGUUGGGGUGUUCCCAUCCCCCAAAGGGCCCUGGGCCCAGCCCCAAGGGGGCAGCAAGCAGAGGAGCUUCCCACCCCCAGUUAGCCUGCCCUGCCCACUUUCCCGCCCACCCUGCAUAUAAAUCAUGUUUAUAAGUUAUGGAAGAACUGGGACAUUUUACAGAAAAAAAAAAAACAACAAAAAAUAUACAUGAAAAAAACCCAAGUGAAA